AUGUCGACAGUCACUUCAGACGAUACUACAUCAACACCCACUUCAAGUGAUGCCACCACACCCUCAAUCAGGUCAAGUGAUGCCACCACUCCCUCAAGUACAUCAACAGUCACUUCAAGAGAUGCCAACACUCCCUUAACAGUCUCUUCAUGUGAUGUCACUACUCCCUCAAGUACAUCAAUAGUCACUUCAAGUGAUGCCACCACUACGCCAUCAACAACAGCAGUCACUUCAAGCGAUGCCACCACUCCUUCAACAUUCACUUCAAGUGAUGCCACCACUGCUACACCAACAGUAGCUUCAACUGCAGCCACCAUUCCCUCAACUACAUCGACAGUCACUUCAGAUGAUACCACAUCAACACCCACUUCAAGUAAUGCCACCACUCCCUCAAGUACAUCAACAGUCAGUUCCAGUUUUACCACCACUCUGUCAACAGUCACUUCAGGUGAAUCCACCACUACUACACCGACAGUAACAUUAACUGUGGACAGAAUUCCCUCAACUAUGUCGACAGUCAGGUCAAGUGAUGCCACCACUCCCUCAAGUACAUCGACAGUCAGUUCCAGUUUUACCACCAAUCUGUCAACAGUCACUUCAGGUGAUGCCACCACUACUACACCGACAGUAACAUUAACUGUGGACAGAAUUCCCUCAACUACGUCGACAGUCAGGUCAAGUGAUGCCACCACUGCAUCAACAGUCACUUCAAGUCAUAACACCACUGUUACAUCAACAUCAGCAGUAACUUCAAGCGAUGCCACCUCUCAUUCAAAAUUUGCUUUAAGUGAUGCUACCUCUACUAAAUCAACAUCAGCAGUCAUUUCAAGUGAUUACACUGUUCCUUCAACACCCACUUCAAGUGAUGCCACCUCUUCCUCAACAACAUCGGCUUUAACUUCAAUUGAUACCACCACUACUACAAUGACAGUAACUUCAACUUUGGCCAACAUUCCCUCAACUACAUCGACAGUCACUUCAAGUGAUGCCACUACUACUACAUCAACAUCAGCAGUCACUUCAAGCGAUCCCACCACUCCCUCAACAUUCACUUUAAGUGGUGCCACCGCUACCACAUCAACAUCAGCAUUCACUUCAAGUGAUGCCACCACUCCCUCAACAUCAAUAUUCACUUCAAGUAAUGGCACCAAUCCCUCAACUGCAACGACAUCAACUUCAAAUGAUGCCACCACUACUACACCGACAUUAACAGUAAUUUCAAGCGAUUCCACCACUCCCUCAUCUACAUCAAUAGUCACUUCAAUUGAUGCCACAGCUACUACAUCAACAUCAGCAGUCACUUCAAGCGAUAUCACUGUUCCUUCAACAUUUACUUCAAGUGGUGCCACCGAUACUACAUCAGCAUUCAGUUCAAGUGAUGCCAUCUCUCCCUCGACAUCAACAGUCACUUUAAGUGAUGGCACCACUCCCUCAACAGUCUCUUCAAGUGAUGCCACCGCUACUUCAUCAACAUCAGCAGUCUCCUCAAGUGAUGCCACCAAUCCCUCAACUGCAUUGACAUCAACUUCAAAUGAUACCACCUCUCCCUCGACAUCAAUAUUCACUUCAAGUGAUGCCAACUCUCCCUCGACAUCAAUCUUCACUUCAAUUGAUGCCACCUCUCACUCAACUACAUCGAUAGUCACUUCAGAUGAUACUACAUCAACAACUACUUCAAAUGUUGCCACCACUGCAUCAGCAGUCUCUUCAAGUGAUGCAACCACUCCUUCUACAGUCACUUCAAGCAAUCCCACCACUGCCUCAACAGUCACUUCAAGUGAUGCCAUCACUCCCUCAACUACACUGACUUUCACUUCAAGUGUUACCACCACUACUACACCGACAGAAAUAUUAACUGUGGCCAACAUUCUCUCAACUACAUCGACAUUCACUUCAAGUGAUGCCACUACACCCUCAACAUUCACUUCAAGUGGUGCCACCGUUACCACAUCAACAUCAGCAUUCACUUCAAGUGAUGCCACCACUCCCUCAACAUCAAUAUUCACUUCAAGUAAUGGCACCUCUCCCUCAACAUCAGCAGUCUCUUCAAGUGAUGCCACCACUCCUUCUACAGUCACUUCAAGCAAUCCCACCACUCCCUCAACAGUCACUUCAAGUGUUGCCACCUCUCCCUCGACAUCAAUCUUCACUUCAAAUGUUGCCACAACUGCCUCAACAGUCACUUCAAGUGAUGCCAUCACUCCCUCAACAACACUGAUAGUAACUUCAGAAAAUGCCACAUGGACACCCACUUCAGGUGAUGCAACCUCUUCCUCAACUACAUCAACAUUCACUUCAAGUGGUGCCACCACACCCUCAACAGUCACUUCAAGUGAUGCCACCUCUCCCUCAACUACAUUGACUUUCACUUCAAGUGUUACCACCACUACUACACCGACAGAAAUAUUAACUGUGGCCAACAUUCUCUCAACUACAUCGACAUUCACUUCAAGUGGUGCCACCGCUACCACAUCAACAUCAGCAUUCACUUCAAGUGAUGCCACCACUCCCUCAACAUCAAUAUUCACUUCAAGUAAUGGCACCUCUCCCUCGACAUCAAUAUUCACUUCAAGUGAUGCCACCAAUCCCUCAACUGCAACGACAUCAACUUCAAAUGAUGCCACCACUACUACACCGACAUUAACAGUCAUUUCAAGCGAUUCCACCACUCCCUCAAAAGCCUCUUCAAGUGAUGCCACCACUCCCUCAUGUACAUCAAUAGUCACUUCAAGUGAUGCCACCACUCCUUCUACAGUCACUUCAAGCAAUCCCACCACUCCCUCAACAGUCACUUCAAGUGUUGCCACCUCUCCCUCGACAUCAAUCUUCACUUCAAAUGUUGCCACCACUGCCUCAACAGUCACUUCAAGUGAUGCCAUCACUCCCUCAACAACACUGAUAGUAACUUCAGAAAAUGCCACAUGGACACCCACUUCAGGUGAUGCAACCUCUUCCUCAACUACAUCAACAUUCACUUCAAGUGGUGCCACCACACCCUCAACAGUCACUUCAAGUGAUGCCACCUCUCCCUCAACUACAUUGACUUUCACUUCAAGUGUUACCACCACUACUACACCGACAGAAAUAUUAACUGUGGCCAACAUUCUCUCAACUACAUCGACAUUCACUUCAAUUGAUGCCACCUCUCACUCAACUACAUCGAUAGUCACUUCAGACGAUACUACAUCAACAACCACUUCAAAUGUUGCCACCACUGCCAAAAGUCACUUCAAGUGA